CCUGUGGGGAUCCUUUGGGGAUCCUCCCAAGAACCCCGCAUUCCCCCAUCUCCUCCACAAUAUGUAUAUAUGUAUAUAUAUGUCCUAUCCUGCCAUGGCCGCCACUUGAUCUUUCAGCUUCCUUCUCUCUGUCUUUCUACGGCAUCUGUCUGUCUGUUUCACCGGUUUCUACUUGUACCUGUCUUGCUCUGAAGAUCUCUAUUCAUAUCAAAAGACCACCAACGCGCCCAUCGUGUGUGCUGUGCGUGCUGUGCGUGCUGUGCUGCCGCUGUGUUUCUGCUUUGCGACAUUGCCAUCCAUAAAAUACCCUUAUUAGAUCUCUUUAUUUAUCGCCCAAGAUGGUCUUCAUACCGCCAGCAAGCUCCCCGGCAAUGCUUGACAUUCCCGACACUGUGUCGCUGCCGGAUUUCGUACUGGACAACAAAUACCGAUCAGUGCCCCAUGAGCAGGCGAGGAAUCCAUUCACGUGCGGCUUGUCAGGGAAGACAUAUACGUCAUUGGAGUGGAAAGACAGGAUCGGCUGGCUUGCCAGAGCAUUCCAGAAAGAGCUGGGGUUCCAGGUCAAUCAGGGGACAGAGUGGGAGAAAGUCAUUGGCAUCUAUACUUUAAAUACUGUCGAUACUCUAACAGUAUCAUUCGCAGUUCAAUACCUUAACGGAGUUGCCUCACCGGCCAAUGCAGCGUACUCAGCUACCGAGCUUGCAUACCAGUUGAAAGCCGCUGGCGCAAAGGCCAUUUUUACCUGCAUUCCUCUCAUCGAAAAUGCUCUCCAGGCUGCAAAAAUCGUUGGAAUCCCAGAAAAGCAUGUCUACAUACUGGAAAUGGCAGAUUCCUUCACAGGUGGCAAGAAGGUACCAUUCAAGACGGUAGGGGAGCUCAUCGAACAGGGCAAGAAUUUGCCAGCUCUUGAGCCCUCGAAAUGGACCCAGGGUCAAGGUGAGAGACAAACCGCGUUCCUGUGCUUCUCAAGUGGCACAUCCGGAUUACCAAAAGCAGUCAUGAUCUCCCACCGGAACUGCAUCACGAACAUCAUCCAGAUAACCCUUCACGAGCAAUUCGCUCGCGCCGGAAAGGGGUCUAAAGGAGGACCACGCCAAGACGUAGCCCUGGGUCUUCUCCCAUUCUCCCACAUCUACGGCCUCGUAAUCAUUUGCUUGACUGGCGCAUUCCGCGGCGACGAGACCAUCGUACUCCCCAAGUUCGAGCUGGCGACCUUCCUCCAAGCUAUCCAAGAAUACAAGAUCAGCGUCCUCUUCAUCGUCCCCCCCAUCGUCAUUGGCCUCAUCAACGCCCACCAAAUCUCCUCCCGCUACGACCUCACCUCCGUAGAAUCACUCUUCACUGGCGCCGCCCCCCUCGGCGAGUCCACGGCCCGCGACCUCGCCAAACUACACCCAACAUGGCUCAUCCGCCAAGGGUACGGCAUGACCGAGACCUGCACCGGCGUGUGCCUCACGACAGAAGAGGACGUCUGGUUCGGUUCCUCAGGCCACCUACUCCCCGGCUUCAAGGUUAAGAUCGUGCGCCCCGACGGUUCCGAGGUGACAGCCCACGACGAGGAAGGAGAGCUGCUCGUGCAAUCCCACUCCGUCGUCCUGGGGUACCUCAAUAAUCCCGAAGCGAACGCGGAGACUUUCCUCCCUGACACGGAUGGGAAUGGGCGCUGGAUUCGCACGGGGGAUGUGGCGAUCGUGUCUGUGGCGCCGAGUGGGAAUGAGCAUAUUACUAUUACGGAGCGGAUUAAGGAGCUCAUCAAGGUCAAUGGCCACCAAGUCGCUCCAGCUGAGCUGGAGGCUCUUCUCCUCUCGCAUCCGUCGGUUGCGGAUGCGGCUGUGAUUCCUGUGCCGAAUGAUCGUGCUGGUGAGGUUCCUCGCGCGUAUGUGGUUAAGUCGGCGAAGGUGUCGGUCGAGGACAAUGAUAAGAUUGUUAAGCGUGAUAUUGCCAAGUAUGUGGAGGCGAAUAAGAGUCGGUAUAAGUGGUUGGCGGGGGGGAUUGAGUUUAUUGAUGUUAUUCCCAAGAGUCCGAGUGGGAAGAUUUUGAGGAGGUUGCUGAGGGAUAAGGAGAAGGAGGAUAGGAGGAAGGCGGGGGUAAAGUUGUAGGGGAGGGGAUGAUAUAUUGAAAAGAUAUGUGAGAAGAAAGAUUUUAUAAAUGAAUAUAUAUUAGUUUAUACUCACCGGAGGAUAAUCCGUCAACAAACCUGGCAUAUACGUCAACUAUGUCGUCGACAGUACGGGUAGCUAUCUUACUAAAUAUGACCUCUCGAGAACAAUUGAGGUUAUGGGUUUGAAAGUGAGGAG